GAAAAAAAAAUAGAGAGAAGAAUCAGGAAACUGAAACGCCAUGAGAUGAGAGAAACAAACACAAGGUGAGAAACGAGAAACGGAGACCAUGGCUCUGAUCACAGCUUCAUCUGAAACCACCGAGUUCAAGAGCUUCAACGACGACGCUUGGUACACUGUCUGCGUAACAAUGGACUCCGAACAAACCCUCAAAGUCAGGUACCAAAACUUCCCUGAGGAUCACGACAAUCUCUUCGAACCCACAUUCUUCGAAUCGGAGGAACAGCUUCAAGAUUUCCAAGAGAGAUUCAGACCCCUCUCUAAACAGCUUCAAGAUUCCGAGUGCCGCCAGCUCCGUCGCGGCGUUAAGGUCUGCGCUUGCCACCAUUUCAGCUCCGACGACGUUCGCUUCUACGACGCCGUCGUCGACGCGGUGAUAAAAGGCGAUCAUUCUUUUGAAAAAGCAGAGGAAGUGUGCCACUGCAAAUUUGUGCUCUUCUGGUUACAUGGGCCUAAUGCUGAAAAUUUGACCACUAGCACUGUGGAGAAUAUUUGCAUAGUUCAGCCUGUGAAGCCAGAUCCGGCAGUGGAUUCAUUUCUGAAGAUGACAAGAGAGAGAUUAGGAGUUAUCUCUUCUCCAUCUAUUUUAACACCGAAGGGAGUUUGUGGAUUGGAAAUGGUGGCAUAUCGCGAUGAAGGCUCAAACACUGUCCCUAUGCUGGCAUAUGGCAAUGAUGGCUCAAAGACUGCCCCUAGAAUUGGUUAUUUUGAACGAGUGCGAAAGGAAACACGACGUGCCAGGAAAUCUUCCUCCAAACUUUGUUUACCUGCAGUCAGCUGUGAUGCCAAAAGAACGGAAGAUAGUGAUCUUGGAGGUAAAAGGAAUGUGUGUAUGAUUUUGAUUGGAAAUCUUGAUAGAGAACUAUGCCCAUUAACAGUUGAACAAUUCCUACAAAGACAUGCUUCAGUAUCAUCUAGAGUCUUCAUUUUUCCAAGUUUGUCAUGGGAGAUGUAUACAAGGGGGGCCAUUCUGUUGAAUUCUGAAACAGUGUUCCAAAAGCUUUGUGAGUUUUUGACAGAUCCCCACCACAUCAUAACAUCUUCAACUGGCAGGUAUAUACCAUGGGUGAUAAUUGAUAUGGUAGCGGGUCUCAAAAAUGUCAAAGCAUCCAUAGGAACAUUGAUUCCUAUAUCUCAGAGUGCAUUACAGAAUGGAAAGAAAGGAACCAGGCAAAGUUUGAAGAUUGUAUCUUCAGAAAGUCCUGAAUUCAAGAUAGCUAGUGAUCUGAGGGAUAUGUUUGUGGAAUUUUCUGAUCACCAAGAGCGGCUACACAAGAAGCUUGCACUUGAGGAGAGAAGGGUAAUUGCAGCUUAGGUCCUUUGAUGAACUUGCUUAAACCGUAUAAAUCCCUUAGUUUUUACUGGAUUUGUAAGUAAAUGUUGCACAGGUAUUGGAGAAUCUGGGUAUAAAUAGGAGGUUGUGAAUACAACUAGGACUAUGACCAACCAUGCUA